AUGACGGCCGCAACAAGAGUGACGGAACUGCCUGACGACUGCCUCGCGUGCGUCCUCUCCUUCCUACCUCCCGCUCUCAUUGCCCGAUGUGCAUUCGUCUGCUCGGCUUGGCGCGCUGCUGCGGCGCCCCCCGUGGCGUGGAUGCGCGUGCUGCCCGCCCUCUGCCAGCACGCGUGCUUCACCGCGUUGCCGCUCGCCUCCCGCCACCCUCACCCGCGCGCGUGGUGCCGCGAGCUGUGCGGGGGCGUGCUGCUGCACGGCGGGGUGUUUCACGCGCGCAUGGACCCCAAUACCGCCAAGCUCACUGUGAGCGCCAGCGCGCUCGUCGCGCUGCCGUUCCCGCUGCGCUGCGGGGUGUACGACGUGGCAUGGCGUGUCGCCCGCGACCCCACGCACGACGAGUACGCACGGGCAGCAGGCGCGCAGCCGAGGCGUGUGGGGCUGUUGGACGCAGGUGGGGACGAGAGCGAGGAGGAUGACGAGGAGAGCGAAGAGGAGGACGAGGAUGGCGAGGUGGAGUUGGAGGGCGGGAGGGGAGGGGUGCAAGACGGAGAGCAGGCACCAGGUUUGGGAAGGACGCCUGAAGCAGCAAAUGUUUCGCAAGCGGGCGUCGGCGGCGGCGGUGCAGCAAACCCGUUCCAACACAUGGUGGGGGCCGUGCGGCGGCUGAUAUGGCGCGAGCCCGGCGUGCAGGCACGGCGCAGUGAGAACCAGGGCCAGCACAGCAGCGAGCAGCAGGUGGACUGGGAGCGGAGGAGGGAGGCAUGGAGGCGCGUGGAGAAGCGGUGCUGGUUCAAGUGGGUGGGGCACCCCGCGUGGAGCAACGUGAGGGAGGAGGGGUGUGCUGGGGGAGGGGGGGGCGAGCAGAGGCAGCUGCGAAUCUCCACUGCCACCAUCGCCAUGCUGCCUGACUGGACCACCCUGCCUGCAGGCCGUGUGACUAUUAGGGGGGCAACCGCACGGGAGACGGCAGUGGCUCCCACGCUGAGUAUGCGGCUGUGGGAGACGGAGAGUGGGUGGUGGAAGGAUGGGCUCUACUUGGAUGCGCUGCAGCUCACAGAGACGUGA